AGAAAUCGUAUUAUUGUUUCCGGGUCCAUUCAAGUUAACUGGCGCCAAUUGAUUCAACUUUAAAAAUGACGGAGAUUCUUCUUCAUCCGUACAACACUACUUUAGGCCGUCGGGAGAAUUUGAAGUUCAUCCCAGCAACCACGUGCCUCAGUGUGAGUUGCCAUUAUCCAACUUUUCCAAUCUAAUAAAUACAAAAUCUUAAUUUAGUCAAAUCUUUACCACUAGGUAUGCUGCAUUGUCUAUUUAUUACGCAUCCUCCACAACUCAUUGCUCUUCACUCCAAAACAUAAACAAGAAACCUACGGAAAAUAAAAGAUAGACCAAAAUCAAGAAAUGUCCAUCUUUAUCUAUUUCAUCUUACUCUUGCCUCUCCUCUUAAUCUUCUUGAAACGCUUCUCACCCUCUAAAGGGAAGCUUCCUCCAGGACCUAUAGGCCUUCCUCUCAUCGGAAACUUGCAUCAACUUGGAAAAUCUCUCCACAGAUCUUUCCAUAAACUCUCUCAAGAUUAUGGAUCUGUGAUGUUUCUUCGUUUCGGCGUGGUCCCUGUUGUUGUCUUCUCCACAAGAGAAGCAGCUGAGGAAGUUCUCAAGACUCAUGAUCUCGAGACUUGUACUCGACCAAAGCUAUCUGCGACCAGGUUGUUUUCUUACAACUACAAAGACAUUGGUUUUGCUCAGUACGGUGAUGACUGGAGAGAGAUGAGGAAGCUUGCGAUGCUCGAGCUCUUCAGCUCCAAAAAACUAAAAGCGUUCAGGUAUAUCCGAGAGGAAGAGAGUGAAUUGCUCGUCAAGAAACUCUCUAAAUCUGCCGAUACACAAACUUUGGUGGAUUUGAGAAAAGCUCUUUUCUCUCUUACCGCGAGUAUCAUAUGUAGACUCGCUUUUGGACAGAACUUCCACGAGUGCGAUUUUGUCGAUAUGGACAAAGUUGAGGAGUUGGUGCUCGAGUCUGAGACCAAUCUUGGCUCAUUCGCGUUCACUGACUUCUUCCCCACGGGCCUUGGGUGGAUUAUAGACCGGAUCUCUGGCCAACAUUCGGAGCUGCACAAAGCCUUUGCAAGACUAAGCAAUUUCUUUCAACAUGUGAUCGAUGAUCAUUUGAAGCCUGAACAACCUCAAGAUCAUUCAGACAUCAUUGGUGUCAUGCUGGAUAUGAUCAAUAAAGAGAGCAAAGUUGGCUCUUUCAAAGUCACAUAUGACCAUCUUAAAGGAGUCAUGUCGGAUGUAUUUUUGGCGGGAGUAAACGCAGGAGCGAUCACCAUGAUAUGGGCGAUGACAGAGUUAACCAGACAUCCAAGAGUGAUGAAGAAACUCCAACAAGAGAUUCGAGAAACUCUUGGUGACAACAAAGAAAAAAUCACUGAACAAGAUCUAGAGAGAGUUCAGUACUUGAAGUUUGUGAUCCAAGAAACAUUCAGAUUACACCCACCAGCUCCCCUCUUACUUCCAAGAGAGACAAUGUCUGACAUCAAGAUUCAAGGUUACAAUAUACCAAAAAACACAAUGAUCGAGAUCAACACUUACUCAAUAGGACGUGAUCCUAAUUGCUGGGAAAAUCCUAACGAUUUCAUCCCCGAGAGGUUCGUCGAUAGCCCUGUUGAGUAUAAGGGUCAACAUUACGAGUUGUUACCCUUCGGUGCUGGUCGUAGGAUCUGUCCUGGGAUGGCUACGGGGAUAACUAUCGUGGAGCUUGGUUUACUCAACGUUCUUUACUUCUUUGAUUGGAGUUUGCCUGAUGGUAUGACCAUCGACGACAUAGACAUGGAAGAAGCUGGAGCUUUUGUCGUCGCCAAGAAAGUUCCCCUUGAGCUUAUACCGACUCCACAUCAAUGGUGAAGUCAUGAAAAAAGUAAUGGUAUAUUGAGAUUAUAUCAUAGCAUCGAGAUUUCUCAGCGUGGUUCUCUUGCAGUUGGUUUGAUUUUGAAAUUACAGAGAAUAAAUAUUACGGUCAUCAUGAGUUGUAAUUGCUAGUUUUUUUUAAUUAUGUUUCAAUGUAUAUAAAUCAUGUUUUCAAUAAAUAAAAACUUCCGAUUGUGACAUUA